AUGGAGCUCGGGUCGCAGGAGGGCUACGCCGAGCUAAUCGGUCUCUCGGACUGCGAUUUCGUAGAGGUGAAGGGCGCCACGUGGAGCGAGCAGAUGGGCAAGGCGGGGCUCUCGUUCAGCGAAGCCAUCCCGGCGCACGAGGACGUGCGCGAGUUUGCCGAUCGGCUUGCGUCGGCGCUCCCUGGCUACGGGGUUGCCUGCGAGCACGCCCACAGCUGCGCGGUGCUCCUGGCUCGCCGCGACCGGUUCUUCGAGCCAACUGGUCGCUGGCGCACGUGGAUCGACUUUGAUCGGUUCGCCGACGCCGCAGUCGCUGGCAGAACCCUGGAAGUCCUGGACUUCACGGUGGAGACCCCGGAGUGGGCUCUCGCCGACAGCGAGGCUGGCGGCUUCGACCCCGCGGAGCGCCGCGUUUUCCGCAAGCGCCCUGCUUGA